AUGAAGCAUAUUCAGUCGAAGCACCCUUUACAAUAUGCAGAACAGAAAGAAAAUAAUUCACCUGUUUCACCUGCAACAUUGUCUCAAUCGCAAGCCACAUCAAGCCACUUUGCCCAGCAAACUCUGCCUGAUGUAUUUGCUAAAAAAGAUGGCUAUAAGGAAGGAGGUUUGAAAAAGCAACAACUUGAUAAACUGCUCAUUAAAAUGAUUGCAACUGACUUGCAGCCAAUAUCCAUUGUCGAAGACAAAGGAUUCAAAAAUUUUGUUUAUGGUCUAGAUCCUUGGUGUGUUAUGCCUAGCCGGAGGGAUAUGACUAGAAAAUAUUUGCCUGCAAUGUAUGAUGAAGCUGUGAAACAAGUUCAGGGCGAGCUAAGAGAAACACCACAUGUAUCGCUCACAACAGAUCUAUGGACUUCAAGGCAAACUAGGGGCUUUAUCACCGUGACUGCUCAUUACAUUAACUCAGAGUGGAAUUUAAAAUCAGCUGUAUUAGAAACGGCUCGUUUGAAAGUGGAUCACACAGCAGAAAAUAUUGCUGAUGAACUAAAACGCAUUUGCACUCUAUGGGAAAUUCUUGAUAAAGUAUGCUGCAUUAUUACUGAUAAUGCAGCAAAUAUUGUGGCAGCAGUAACAAAAUACAUGCAAAUAAAACAACAGCCAUGUUUUGCGCAUACACUGAAUCUUGUUGUGCAAGAUUCAAUAAAAAACACAAAUGAAAUAAAGCUGUCACAAGAAAAAAUUAAGCGCAUAGUGUCUUUUUUUCACCACAGCGUGAAGGCAACAGACAAACUAAGUGAAAUUCAAAACCAAAAUGGAGUGGAAAGGAAAAAGUUAAUAAUGGAUGUUGACACCAGGUGGAACUCGACGUUUUAUAUGAUGGAAAGAUUUCUCGAACAGCAUGAAGCCAUUACCACCACUUUGUGUUUGUUAGGGAAAAGCAACAUGUGCCUUAGUAGUGAGGAACUGGAAGUUGUAAAAGGUGCAGUGUUGCUACUGGGACCGUUUGAAGAGGCAACGAGAGAAAUGUCCACAGAAAAUUUCACAUCCUUGUCAAAGGUUAUUCCAAUUACGAGGGCACUUCAGCAGUGCAUAAACUCAAAUGCUCACAUGAGAACAGGUUUUGGCACUGAACUGCAAAAACAGUUGCAAAAAAGAUUUGCAACAGUGGAAAAGGUGUUCCAGCUGGGAGCAGCAACGUUGCUAGACGUACCUCGAGGAACCAAUAAUUCCCCGGGACGAGGACCCAUUGAAAUGGUGAAAAUGCAUAGUGUACUUUUUCCAAAGCUGCAUGCCUUAGCUAAAAAGUUUCUAUGCAUUCCAGCUACUUCUGUACCUUCUGAAAGACUUUUUUCGAAAGCAGGGGAACUAAUUUCACACAGACGUAGUGCUUUGAGUGAUAAAAAUAUCAACAUGAUAUUGUUUUUGAAUAAAAACAUGUAAAUAAACCCUAUCUGAAGCUUUAUUUUAAU